AAAAUUGUCAAUUGUCAUCGACGUCAGAACUUUCCCAAACAAGAAAGCAACUUUUGAUUCGACAGCGCUUUCUUGUAUCUAGAGUGGGGAGUGGGGACAUGAUGCGCUCGUCGUGGGGUUUCGGCCAAAUCGUCCUCCUCUCCCUCCACGUCUCCCUAUCUACUGCCUUCCCCGACUCGAUCCUCCAAAUCCUGCCCGAAAAUUCAGGAUCUUCCCCCCACCACCGCCACCGGAAGAUUCCGAGGGACGAUAAUCUCUACUGUGACAGCUGGAGAUUCGUCGUGGAAGCAAAUGACGUCGGUCCCUGGGCUCGCAUCCCAUCCAGAUGCGUUGCAUUCGUGCAGGACUACGUCACCAAUGAUCGGUAUCGGGCGGACUCAGAGGCCGUAGCUGACGCUUCCCUGGAGUUUGCGAAGACGGUGAAGGUUUCCGGCGACGGGAAGGACGCUUGGGUCUUCGACAUUGAUGAAACUCUGCUUUCCAACGUCCCUUAUUAUGCGGUCCAUGGGUUCGGAUCAGAGACUUUUGAUGAAAAUUCAUUUGAUGAGUGGGUUGACUUGGCUGAGGCCCCUGCAUUGCCAGCAAGUUUGAGGCUGUAUAAAGAGCUGGAGCAGCUGGGCUUUAAGAUAUUUUUAUUGACUGGUAGAACUGAAUUUCAAAGGAGUGCCACAAGCAAAAAUCUAGAUUACGCUGGAUACAGCAACUGGGAAAGGCUUAUCUUGAGUAGUAUUCCAGUAAUCUGUUGACUGAGGAGAUCUAAUUCCUUCCGAUGAUGGUAAACCUGCCACAGUCUACAAAUCUGAGAGGAGGAAGGAGUUAGAAGAUGAAGGUUAUGUUAUUCAUGGGAGCUCAGGUGACCAGUGGAGCGACUUGAAUGGUUUCGCAGUUGCCGAACGGUCCUUCAAACUCCCAAAUCCACUGUAUUAUAUUGCCUAAUGGAACAGGUGGUGGAUAAUUGGACAUUUGCUCCUCUGUAACAACAUUAAUCUGAUUUUUUUUUUUUUUACCUUUGACCGCCGCCAUGAGCGUGGACUUCUUGUGUUAUUCCUCAAUUAAUGUGUACUAAAAUCCUUAAAUUUACUUUGCACAUGCCGAAUGGCCCACCCUAAAAGGAGAAUGUAUAAAAGAGUCAAUAA